CAGGGACACAGCUCGGCUGAAUGGAAAUGGACGAGCAGAGACUGAAAUCAGGGGAACUGAUGGAAGUAAAGGUGGAUGUAGAUCUGGAUUUCACCCAGAGUGAUACAGGUCCUCAGAUUGAGGACAGGGAUCCCAAAAGAGUCAACAGCAGUCUGAAGGUCAUGUUCGAGGACGUGAUUGCAGAGCCCCCUUCAGUGCGGAGCUUUGAUAAAGUCUGGCUUUGGAGUCACGCCCUGUUUGAGGUGUCCAGACUGUGGUGCUACCGCUUCAUCUCCCUCGUGCUGGCUGUGCCGGUGUCGCUGGCGGCAGGGCUGCUGUUUGCUGUUCUCAGCUGCCUCCACAUCUGGCUGAUCAUGCCCUGCGUGCAGCUUCUUCUCAUCAAUAUGCAGUGGAUCCAGACUGUGUGGGCCAGCAUACUGAACAUUUUUAUCAGUCCUUUCUUUAGCAGUGCCGGAAAGUGUUGUAGUCAAAUUAUUAUCCACCUGGCCAGUGCUGAAAACAGAUAGAACUAAUUAUUUGGUCAAUGUAAGCAAUUGAGCGGAAGGUAUAAAGAAAAGACAAGCAGUAAUGGAUUGCUAACUGCUUUCUGACAGGGAACUUGUAUUAUUUGUGAUUAUUAUGUGUUUUUAAUGCACCUGUCCUGUUUUUUGGCACGUUGGCACAUUCAUCAGAAUUUCCAUUUCGUAAUGGCAUUGACGUGUGGACCUUCUAAUACACUUCAGCAGAACCUCACAAGAGCAGCGAAUAUGUGUCGGCUAACAACACAAACGCGGAAAGAGAAACCGCAGGAAGCACAUUUUAAUGAAAAUUAAUACUUUGCUAAAUUGCAUGCAGAAAACGUUUUAUGUAAGUGUGAAGAGAGGUAUGAUUAGUGCUGGAGAGAUUAAUGUUUUGCUGUUGUUUUGCUUUUAACAUUUAAAAGAAUUGUAAAUUAGAUGAAUAAAAGAUUUCUGACAUACAAAAAA